UCCGUCUUCCCCUCCGUCUCUCCUCGCUUUCCUGUCAGUGUGCUCGGCUCGGACUUUGCGUGAAGGUGCGGAUCCGCAGUUCCGCUCCUUGGGGAGGAAAAAAUAAUAAUAAAAAAAAAGUAUAAAAUAUAUAUUUUUUUUUUCUUGAAAGGAAAAGCCAGACAUCACCAGACGACAUCGGUCGACAGUUGUUGAUAAAUAAAUAAAUAAUUAAAAAAAAAAAAAAUAAAAAUGGAUCCAAUGACUCAGUCCGCCCAGAUAUCGUCGUCGCAAGGGAUUGCCGAUGGACAAAACUCUGCUGCCAAAGAAUCAAAGCUAUCCGAUUCCUUUCUUUCCUCUUCGCCUGUAUCUCUCAUUCAGUCUCCUCAAGACAAAAGAGUGGUACUGGGCUCCGACAAGCCCUGCGAAGGUGUAGCAACAUCCCUUCGCUUUCCUUCUCAACCCGGUUCAUUCUCCCCUGGUAAUUUUGGGAGUGAAGCAGGGUCACCAGAUGGACAGCCGGACUCACCAAUAAAGACAUCUCCUGUUUCUGAGCGCAUAAAGGCACUGGAAGCUCUGGCUGCAAAAAAGAAGGAACCUGAUUUUAGAAGUGACGGAGGUUUCUCUCACUUUAGGGACCGCCACCAUGAGAAAUCUCCCACUGAGACCCCAAAAUCUCCCACUGAAACCUCAAAAUCCCCCAGUGAGACCACAAAACCUUUCACAGAGACCCCAAAAUCUCUCCCCCCAAAGUUUCCCACUGAAACCCCAAAAUCCCCCAGUGAGACCACAAAACCUUUCACCGAGACCCCGAAAUCUCUCCCCGAGACCCCAAAAUCUCCCACCGACACCUCAAAAUGUCUCGAUGAGAAAACUCCAUCAUCUGUCCAGAAAAAGGGAGGUUCUAUUGAUCAGGAGUCACCAGAGUCCCCCUUUGAAGUACUUGGAGAUUUGAGACAAGUAAACGAGUUUGAAGAAACGGAAGAGUGGAUGAAGGCUCAUUUACCUCCUGUGCCAGACUUUGAUACAGUAGGUUUAAUCAAAAGCAGCAAUGUUGUUGCAUCAAAGGACAAAGAGACAGAUGUGGUUAUACACGAUGCCCCUGCUGCCUUUGCUGGUGUACCCGAUGCUUUUAUGGAUUCUCCUGUUGAAGCCCCAAAACUGAAAGAUGAGUUCAGUGAUACCCAGAAGCAACCAAGUGUCGAAGAGGAGUUUGACUUGAGCUUUUUGCCAACUGCUUACGUGUGGGAUCAGCAGGAAAAAUCCGGAGUCCAGGUUGCGCCAAACCCCGAUUCAGUAGUUGCGUCUUCACCUGCUCCUCCUGCAGGUUUUGGCUCCCCAUCUCCUCCUCCCUCCCCUCCAGCUGACACGGAUAAUAAACACAGUGUUUGCGACGAGAAGAAGCCCACUUGGACUGGAGUUCUGGAGCCCCCAGAGGCAAGUGAGGCAGACAGCUCGGGGGACUCGGAUGAUACCGUCAUAGAAGAUGGUGUCAGUGCUCCUGCAUCCGCCCACACUACAUCUGUUGAAGCACCAGUUUCAAAUGAUGCCACCAUUACGUCUCCCUAUGCGACUCCCGAUGUUCCCACUGCAGAAAAGGACGCCCCUCCACCAAGGUCUGAGAGGAAGCUUAUGCAGGUUCCAACAAUUAAUGUUAUUGAGACAGACGAGCCAAAUUACAGUGAAGAGGAGAUGGAAAUGGAACCUGAGGAAGAUGAUGACUAUGAAGUCAUAAAAGGCCCAGCAAGGGAGGCUCCGAAAACCUCCGAACCAGAGCCAGAAGACCAGGAAACCGAACCUCCCAGAAUGCGCCCCUUAGAAACAGAAUUCAUGGAAGGCUACUCUCCUCCGUCCUCGCCUGUGGACUCUGAUACUGAAUACUCACCCAAGCACAAACCAAUCACAUCUACUCUUGAAACAGUCAAUCAGGAAUCUGAACCCAAAUCUCAGCCCCUUCCUAAUCCACCAGAGUCUGAAUCAUUACAAGCAGAACCUGAUACGACACAGGCUACUGCAAAUAAAGUAAACGAUGAACCUUGCCCUUUCAUUGGCCAAAAUGAAGAAGUGGAUUUCCCAGACAAUGAAGAUGAGUGGUCAGAUGAACCGCAGGAUAUCCUGGUCAAACCUUGCUUGACUGAUCUUACAUCUAAGGAGUCAUCUCUUGACACCCAAUCCAAAAUGGAUGAAAAGUCCAAUACAGUUGCAAAAGAGGCUUAUAUGGAUACAGUUCCUCUGUCUAAAACCAGCUUCAUGCAGGAUGACAUCUACGACAGACAAUCAUUUGAUUAUGACUAUGAUUCAGUCUCUCCCUUGGAUGACAUUGACGAUAAAGGGCUAAAUAACGCUAAGGAACGGUUUCUUUCUGAUCCUUCUCAAAUCCUGAUUGAAUCACUGAAUCCAAGCACGGCUCAGAAUGAUCUUCCAGAGGACAAUCAACGUCUCUGUGAUCUGACUUCACUGAAAGACGAUGAAACCUUGCCCAAGCCAGUUAGUGAGCCAUCUAAAAGGGAAUAUCCCCAAGAUCCCUAUUCCUGUUUCCAAAGCGAGACACUAAGCGGCGACAUUGAGCAAGAUUUUGACAAAAAAAUGACCAGUGAUACUUUCGCAGACGACGUGACAAAGGGCGACAUCCUUCCAUUGCACAAACCUGGUUCAGACACCCAGGUGGACAGUAAAGAAGCCCCCCAGGCAUCCAGCACAACAAGCAACUCAGAAUUAAUUGAGAAUGACGGUACUGUUUCUGAACCUUUGGACAGUUUUGUGGAGUUCAUGCGGGAGUGCCUGAAAUCAAGGCAGGAUGAAGAGCUUGACAACGUGCACCAAGAUGUUCCCCCAAACACUGAGCUCUGCAAAACUACUGUGCCUCCUUCCCAGUCCCCUCCAACCAUGGUCAUGGAUCUUGAACAAGAACAGCUCACGAUCAGCGCUCUCAAAGAGCUAGGCAGCAGUCAGGAGGAGGAGGAAGAGGAGGAGGUGAAGACAGUGAACCUCCAGUCAAAGGGAUCGGACCAAGACGAAGUUAAAUCCAACACUACAUCUCUACAGCAGUCGUCCUUUACCUCAGUUUCUAGUCCUCCAAUUUCCCAAAGCAACCGUGCAUUCGACAGCACUUAUUCCAAAGAGGUAGAAGCCAUCGACGAAUGGAUGGCUGAAGCCUAUCAUCUUGCUGAGCAUGUCUUGACAGCAAUACUAACCCACUUAUCAGUUAAGGAUCUGAUCCACUGGCGAGACCCCAAGAAGUCGGGCGUGGUGUUCGGCCUGUCUCUGCUGAUGCUGCUUUCCCUGGCGGCCUUCAGCGUCAUCAGCGUCGUCUCCUACCUGCUGCUGGCUUUGCUCUGCGUCACCAUCUCCUUCCGCAUCUACAAGUCUGUCAUCCAGGCCGUGCAGAAGUCCAACGAGGGACACCCCUUCAAGUCGCUGAUAGAUAAGGAUGUCAGCAUCCCUCCGGAGACUUUCCGCAAGCACGUGGACGCCAGUCUGGCCUACAUCAACCGAGCCCUGAAGCAGAUGAGCCGCCUCUUCCUGGUCGAGGACCUUGUGGACUCCCUAAAGCUGGCUGUGGUCAUGUGGCUGCUGACCUACGUUGGAGCCGUCUUCAAUGGAAUCACUAUUCUCAUCCUGGCUGACAUCCUGCUGUUCGCUGUUCCUCCCGUCUACGAGAAGAACAAGACCCAGAUCGAUCAGUACAUCGACCUGGUGCGUAACCAAGUCAACUCCACAAUGGCCAAGUUGCAAGAGAAACUUCCCGGAGCUGUGAAGCGAAGCAAAACUGAAUGAUCAGCUCCCACUAGAACCCCCCCUACCCCCCAUACCCCCCCACCACCACCAUUAGAAACCUCUACACCACCGUUUUCAUCUCUUAAACCCCUCCCCUCCAGUCUAACUCCUCCUCCUCCUCCUCCUCCUCCUCCAUCCACCAUCACCUCCUCCUCUACUACACUGAACCUUGCUAGGUAGAAAAUCUUUGAGCUACUCGAUAUUCAAUGUAAAACUACUGUGCAGCUUAACUUUGCAAGCGUUUUAAAAAAAAAAAAAAAAAAAACAACUAAAAGGAAGGGCGCCGCUAGCCAGGAGUGGACGUAGCGCUAGUCCGCUAGUCCGCCGGUACGGAAGGGAGGGAGGGAGGGGUCCAGUGAACUAGACUGAAUCUAUGACCUGGUUUAGAGGGAGUCCGGGAGUUGGACAGGGGGGCGGCUACACAAAGCAAAUGUCUGUACCACACAUUUCCCAGAAGUUAAAUGUCUAAUUUAAGCUGGCGAUGAAACGUUUAAAAAAGAAAAAAAAAUGUAAAUAAAAAAAAAAAAAGGAAAUGAAUAAACCGACCUGUCAUGUGGCUAUAGUCUUAUCCUGCUCUCAGCCUGUUGUUGUUGUUAUUGUUGUUGUUUCCAUUCUACAUUUACAGGCACCUUUUUUUUUUUUUUUUCUCGUGUAUGUAACAUUCUGCAAUGCACUGAACUUUUAAUUUAACUUUUUUUUUUUUUUCAAAUCCACGAGCAGGUUGAAAUAAAUAAAAGGAGCCAGCUGUGAUAAUUUGGUCUAGUUCACCCUCUUUUGAUCAGAUGCAAUUUUUUUUCCAAUUUUUUUUUCAAUUUUUUUUUUUUUUUUUUUUUUUGGGACAGUUUUCUGUAUGUAUAUAUAAAUAUAAACACACACACAUUUAGGACAGGCUCGCUUUUUAUAUAUAUAUAUGUAUCUGAAAAGGAAAGGUUCCCUUCCACGUACAGCGGCCCCGACUCGUCGUGUUGACGUUUGGAUUCUUCUUCUUCUUCUUCUCACUGCUGCUUAUUGAUAUUAACUAUAGGACGGCUGUAGGAGUUUAAGUGUUACUGAGCUUCAUCGUUUUUUUUUUUUAACUGGAGGUCCGCGAGAGUCCUUUCCUUUGAGGGGAAAAAGUAAAUUUUUUGGGAACGUUUGACGAAGUUGAGCAACCCUCUCACCCCCCAUCCCUCCCCCUCUGGAAGAUGACGCAAACGUUUGGAGAGAAAUCUUAAUUUUUCAAAUUCUGAUUCAAAUUAAAGGUAAAACCCCAUUUAAAUGCUUUAAAAUCAAAGCUUAAAGGUUAAACAUUAAUUUAUUGGGAUAUUGAAGACAAAUAAAGGGACUUUAAGAAAAUUCAAUUGGACUUUGAGGAAAUUAAUAUUGCUACAAGCGUAAAAACAAAUAUUUGUUGUUUUUUAAAAAAACAUAAGUUAUCGUCGUAAUUAAACAGAAUAAUAUUUAGGGGCGGGUAUUGGCAAUGACCUCAAGAUACGAUAUGUAUCACGAUACUUGACUCACGAUACGAUACAUGCGAUAUUAAGAUAUUGCAAUAUAUUACAAUAUUCUACAUAUUUCACUGAGAAAUUUUAAAUGCAGCUUAAAAUACAUGUUGCAUAUAUAUAGAUCAGAUGAAAUCAGUGAUAAUUCAUUGGACAAAUUGAGUCAAAAAACAAGAUUAAUCCAAAUGAUGAUGAAUUUAUUUCACUCACACACAGAAAAAGCGGCGGUAGGUGUGGAAGUCGUUCACGAUCGGCACAAAACAUGACUCGUUUUUCUUUUUCUUUAAAAAAAAAAAAAGUUAAAACAUUCAAAAUUGAUAUUGUAUCUGAAGAAAAAGUAUCGCGAUAUAUCGCCAUAUCGAUAUUUUUUCCCCACCCCUACGAUAUUAUUCCUGUAAUUUGAUUCUAAAAAUAAAUAAAUCAAAAGACAAACACAUUCUGCUUCUAAGAAAGACUUUAAAUAUCCAGAAGGUUUUGGGGAGUAGAGGGUGGGGGGGCGUGGGGGGGUCACGUGUGAUUCUGAAUAAAGAGCUGUAGCUGGAACAAAGAUGGCCGCCGUUUGUGGAGUGGUUCUUGUAAAGUUUGUCUCUUCUUCUUUUUUCUUUUCUUUUUUUGUCAUUUUUACUGACUGCCGUUAAGUGCAUGUCAUAGAUUCUCGCCCGUUACUUAGGCUGUAUCAUGUUCUCCACAUCGUUUUAAUACGAUUAGUACUCGUGUUAUUGUAAUCUUCUUGUUUUUUCUGAGCCGUGGUGACGUGUUGGCGCUGCCGCUACGUCUCCACGUGUAGGUGGUGUAUAGGUGGUGUAUAGGUGGUAAAGGGUCUGCACGCGUCUCCCCUGAAUGAAAAACUGAAUGGUCGACAAAGUCACAACACGCAGCAGCUACUUCUAAAUACUUCUACUCUGACAUGUAGCUGAAGUGUGUUGAAGGUUUAUCGUUUUUUUUUUUAGUUUUCUAAUUUGUGCAUGAUGUCCACAAGUCACGGUCGACUCUCGGUGCAUGUAGUGCGUCUCAUUCAAAUAUGCAAACGAUCCCGUUGGGAGAUGAAGAAGAAAGGCGACUGGACUUGUAACUUGUAGACUUUCUUGUUUCAUUCAAGUCUUUGGUUUCUAGAGGAUCAGAAACCCACGCGACUGGAGACACGUGGAAACGGAAUCAACAAAGUACGAAAAUUAUGUAGAAGACGGUGAUUUUUCAAUGAAAAUAAAUAGUAUUUCUAAUUUGUCCACUUAAAUAUCGCAAUAAAAAUGUAUAAAUUUCAUCCCCACACAACUAUUGUCUCUUAACGACCAGAAGCGCGCAAUGUAUGUAAACAGAAUUAGCUAGUGCAAAACUUACGUAGAAGACUGAGAUUUUUCAAUUAAAAUAAUUUGUCUAAUUUGUCCACCGAAAUAUUGCAAUAAAAACGUCUACAUUUCAAAAACCUCUCAAAUAUCUAAAGCUAAAACACUUUGACGCUGUCAUGACGUGUUUUGUCAGGAGGAAAGAUCUAAAAGUUUUUCGCAAAUGUGCAAAUUGAAACCGUUUUUUUUUUCGCCUUUCACUGGAGAUGAUGCAGGGAGUCAUGUGACCAGUUCAAGUCGAGACUUAUGGGAUGUUGCGAGACUUUAUGAGGGUUACAGCUCAUCAGUAAAACAUAUUUAAAUGGAAACGCGUACAAAUUUAUCGCAAUUUUAGAAAUAUCGCUUUUAUUUAGUGGAAAAAAACUAAUGGAAACGCAGCUAAUGAGGCUAAUUUUCUUCUUCUUUUUAAUGAAAGUUUUUCAAAUCUGGAGUUGUCAUUAUUUUUAGGUUAUUAUGACUUAUUUUACUAGUCCAGUAAGAUAAGAUUAAAUUAAUUCCAAGGUGCAUCAAUAGGAACUUAGUUGGGAAAUAAAUAAUUCACAGUUUGAGCUCCGUACAUUUUCAAAAAGUAAAUAAAUAAAAAUAAAACUUCACCCUCAAAUAAAUGUGUGGACUUUUUUUUUCUUUUUUCUUAUUUUAUUUUUUGUUUCCUCUAGAAACCGAAGACUCGGAUGAAAUGAAAAAAGAAAGUUCCCUUUUUGUUUUUGAAUUACAGGCUGGUGAAUCCCAUUUUUUUUAACUUAUUCGUGCGCGGAGAAGUUUGCAGCUUUGAAAUCCAUUGUUUCAAAUGACACAAAAAAUAAAUAAUAAUAAAAAAAAAUAAUUGUGACACUUCCAUUUUGUUGAAGCAGAGAAUAAAUCCUGUCUUUAUUCUAGUUGUGCUUUUAGGAUAAUUAUUUUUUUGCAUUUUGAUAUUCAUGCGUCUGACCUCAGUUCUCGAGUGUAGUUCUUUUUUUUUUUUUCGCUAUCAGAAAGAAAUUAAGUUCAGGCCGCGUCACCUGUGGUUUAUUUCUGUAGAGUGUAAUACAUGAUAUGAAUAAAUCUUUCUUUGUUCCCCUCACAGCAUGUCGCUUAUCUCCUGUUUCGUCUCGUGUGUCUUUCCCUCUCUCUUUUCUUUUUGUUUCAUCUCUCUUUCACUAACAUCAGCUCUGUUUUGUAUUAGCUAUGGUUCCGAUUUUUAAAGCUUUGGGAAAUAAAAUGUUGCAGGAAAGAGAUGAAAAUUAAAAAAAAAAAAUAAGUAAAAAGUAUGUGGUCUCUGUACUGAUGUUAAAGUGAAAUUAAUAAAAACACCUCAAACGUC